CCGCCAUUUUGCCGCUCCCUAGCCCUAGACAGUAGACACGCCGCUCGCUUCUUUUUCUCUCAGUUGAACGUCGGUUCCAGAGCCCUUCGCCGGACGUCGCAGGCAUCGCUAGUCGCCGCACUCACGCCCUCCGUCACCGACUCGUCAGCAGCCACAUCCACAAUCACCAUGGAAGAGGAAAUCAGAGCUGAAUUUAAGAAGAAUGGGUUCAUUCUCGAUGACGACGAUGUUAUCAGUAAAUGUCUGACAUUUUGUAUAGAAUACAAUCUCAGCCCUUUGGAUCUCGUCACCAGCUGGGAGGUUUUCUCUCUCAACAGGGGGCUAGAAUUAACUGUAAAAAGUUCAGACAUGGGUGCAUUUCUACAGCAUUUACAAAGUGAGCAGAGAGAUGCAAUUAUCAAGAAAGAACCUGGUUUGCAUUUCUACUCCAACGAUAUUGCAAUGAUAUUAAACGAUGAACAUGAAGACAUGAAAGAAGACAUUCUUGGUUCCCCAACAAAUAGACCCAAGGCUCUCGAAGGGGAGCCAUUCCAUUCAGCACAAAACUCAAAUGGGAGCAUGUUUGGCUCUAGAAAACCAUUAGAAUCAGUGACACCCUUUGGACAGAGAAAGAGCAAGUUUGUAGUGCAAUUUACUCUCAAUGAGCCAUCCGUUACAGAUAACAGAAAAAUAGAAAAUGAGGACCAGGAUAAUGGUGAUGAUGAUGAUGUCAUAAAGAGGGUGCAACCUAUGAAAAGAUGCUCAUUGCAAAUUAGUGGUUCUCAACCUGAACCAGGUUGCAGGUUUAUGUAUGACAGGAUUGAAGAUAAGUUCAACUUUCUUGAAAAUCGCAUGAAAAAGCAUGCAAGAGCACUUGUUGCUUCUGGGCUCUUUGAGGAACCUAGAGAUCCCACUGUUGCCUCCCAGAGAAGUUUACUUGCUGUUGGCAUGAUUUGCUGUGAGGAAGAAGGACGCUUGAAAGAAAUGCCUAUUUUACUGCAAAGUAGUGUUGAGCAUUCUGGAGGACAGCGUGUGCGCCUUGAUUUGCAAAACUUGGACCACUUUUCAAUCUUCCCUGGUCAGGUGAUUGGCGUUGAAGGACAUAACCCUAGUGGUCACUGUUUGAUUGCAUCAAAAAUUAUUGAUCAUAUUCCUUCGUCAGUUUCUUCCGAUGAAGGUUUGCAUCCUGCAAAGAAACAAGCCAUGAAUCAAGAGCUUCAGCGAACUAACACAUAUGGUGCUGUGUCAGAAUUAUCAUUGAUUGUUGCUGCAGGGCCUUUUACAACAACUGAUAACCUAUUCUUUGAGCCUCUUACUGAGCUACUAGCAUAUGCACGUCGCAAACAGCCUCAGUUGCUUGUGCUGUUAGGACCCUUCAUUGAUUCUGACCAUCCGGAGAUCAAGAAAGCAACUGUGCACAAGACCUUUGAUGAAAUAUUUCAAGAAGAAAUUGUUGGAAGGUUAAAAGAUUAUGUGGAAUAUAUGGGUUCCUCUGCCCAAGUGAUUCUUGUUCCAUCUAUCCGGGAUGCCCACCAUGACUUUGUUUUCCCCCAGCCAGCUUUUGACAUUCAAGCUUCUGAUACUAUACUUCAGAUAAAUAGCAUCUCAAAUCCAGGAACAUUUUGUGCAAAUGAGGUUAAAGUAGCAUGCUGCACAGUGGAUAUCUUAAAACACCUUAGUGCAGAGGAGAUUUCACGAAAUCCCCAAGGGGGGUCCAAGCAACGCAUGUCUACCCUUGCCAAUCAUGUCUUGAACCAGCACAGCUUUUAUCCUCUGUAUCCACCAGCUGAGAGCAUUCCCUUGGACUUCUCUCUUGCACCAGAAACUCUCCAGAUCUCUUUAAUCCCAGACAUACUAAUUUUACCAUCAGACUUGGCACACUUUGUGAGGGUGCUCUCUGUCAAGGGUAAAAGUGAAGGAGAAGAUGUGAAGUGCAUUUGUGUCAAUCCAGGAAGACUGGCAAGGGGUGAAGGAGGGGGUUUCUUCGUUGAGCUUAACUAUAAUGGAAGCGCUGAUUCAGCAAGCGCCUCAGUCAUCCGUGUUUAGGAUAGCCUUGGUUACAGUAGAAGAGGUAUGCGAAUAUUUCCUUUUCCUUCCAGUCCAAUCUUUUUCCCAUCUCCAUGUGAAACAUAAGAGAGGCCCUGUUCGUCAGCACUGAAUUAUUAAUGAAAUCUUGGCCCUGCUAUUAUUUCAAUCAAUAGACUAGGUAGAAUCUUGAGCAAUUUCUUGUGAUUUCCUGUUGGAAGUGGAAACUUCCGUAGUUAUGUGGCACCUGACCAAUAUGAUUUACACUCGCUGAUGUUUCAGAUUACUGCUAAGAAUGUAAACCUAUUUGAUCUCCAGUUAUGUAAAUUAAUUUUGCUGUGCUUA